UCUUAUGAUGAGGCUUUUACUAUGGCUAAUGACCCCUUGGAAGGCUUCCAUGAAGUAAACCUUGCUUCACCUACUUCUCCGGACCUUCUUGGCGUGUAUGAAUCGGGAGCUCUAGAGCCGACUACCUCACCAGGUGUCAUCUACCGGCCUCUCCCUUCAUCUUUAUGUUCUGCCCCUAUCCAGGCUAAUGCUUUAGAUGUCUCUGACCUUCCUACACAACCUGUGUAUUCAUCCCCAAGACGUUUAAAUUGUACGGAACUAUCUGGUAUCAGCAUCCAUGUUACAGACCCAGCACCUUGUUCUACCUCUGGAGUAACAGCUGGGUUAACUAAAUUAACUGCGAGAAAGGACAACUGUAGUGCAGAGAGGGAGUUUUUGCAGGGUGCUACUCUAACAGAAGCAUGUGAUAGCAGUGAUGAUAUUUUCGGGUUGAGUACUGAUAGUCUGUCCCGCUUACGAAGCCCAUCUGUUUUGGAAGUCAGAGAAAAGGGCUAUGAAAGAUUGAAAGAAGAACUUGCAAAAGCUCAGAGGGAACUGAAGUUAAAAGAUGAAGAGUGUGAGAGGCUUUCUAAAGUACGAGAUCAACUUGGACAGGAAUUGGAGGAACUCACAGCUAGUCUAUUUGAGGAAGCUCAUAAGAUGGUGAGAGAAGCAAAUGUCAAGCAGGCAACAGCAGAAAAACAGCUAAAAGAAGCACAAGGAAAAAUUGAUGUACUUCAAGCUGAAGUAGCUGCAUUGAAGACACUUGUACUGUCCAGUUCUCCAACAUCACCCACACAAGAGCCUCUGCCAGGUGGAAAGACACCUUUUAAAAAGGGGCACACGAGAAAUAAAAGUACAAGCAGUGCUAUGAGUGGCAGUCACCAGGACCUCAAUGUGAUACAGCCAUUUGUAAAAGACUGCAAAGAGGCUGACUUGUCUCUGUAUAAUGAAUUCAGAUCUUGGAAGGAUGAGCCCACAAUGGACAGAACGUGUCCUUUCUUAGACAAAAUCUAUCAGGAAGAUAUUUUUCCAUGUUUAACAUUCUCAAAAAGUGAGUUGGCUUCGGCUGUUUUGGAGGCUGUGGAAAACAAUACUCUGAGCAUUGAGCCUGUGGGAUUACAACCUGUUCGGUUUGUGAAAGCUUCUGCAGUCGAAUGUGGAGGGCCAAAAAAAUGUGCUCUCACUGGCCAGAGUAAGUCCUGUAAACACAGAAUUAAAUUAGGAGACUCUAGCAACUAUUAUUAUAUUUCUCCAUUUUGUAGAUACAGGAUCACGUCUGUGUGUAACUUUUUUACAUACAUUCGAUAUAUUCAGCAGGGACUUGUGAAACAGCAGGAUGUUGACCACAUGUUUUGGGAAGUUAUGCAGUUGAGGAAAGAGAUGUCACUGGCAAAGCUGGGAUAUUUCAAAGAGGAACUCUGAUCCUCUGCCUAGGACCAUGCAACAACCUCCCUGAUGCCUGGAAAAUGGCUGAAUAUUCAUGGUUACAUGAUAUUUAUUUCCACGGUGUGGGCCCCAGACUUUUUCCGUCUUGCAAAUCACACCAAGAAGUACUGUGAUUUCUCUUAAACUGGCCUGUGCUGUGUUUGCUUGUUCUUUAGUUGAACACACUAUAAAGAAUUACAGGUGUACUAGUGAUUGUAAUUUAUAGUCGCAAAAAAAGCUAAAUAAAUAAAUGUUAGAUUGAA